AUGAUCGGGCGUCCCGGCCCCCGGGCCUUCCUCUUAGUCUCAGAAUACAUCAUAGCGGCAGCAGGCAACAGCAACGUGCCCGUGGUGCUAUCUCCCCGCAACAUAAACGUCGGCAACGCCACCGGCAUGGCACCCCGAGCCUUCCUCGCAGCCUACAAGGUCUUCUGGGGCAACUCCAUCACAGGCGGGGGGACCACUGCCACGUAUGCUGACGUGGAGGCAGCUGUCAACGCGGCUGUCGCUGACGGGGUUGACGUCAUCUCGCUCUCUCUGGGCGGCGCAGACCCAAGUGCCAUGUAUUUCAGCGAUCUGCCGUAUUUAUACGCGAAUCUGGCCGGCAUUGUGGUGGUUUAUGCAGCGGGGAACUCUGGUCCGCCUCCCCUUGCCUCAUCCAUGUAUCGAAGCAUCUCCAACUUCUCGCCGUUCUACCUCACUGUUGGCGCCAGCACAAUCGCUCGCAGCUAUGUAUCUGCAGCCACACUGGGCGACGGGCGAGUCGUGAAGCUGUACGGGUUUGGCUCGGGGAAUGUGCCGGUGCAGGGUCUGGGGCUGGUGGAGGGCGCUGCAGCGCGGGCAGCCGGGAAGACCGAGAUUGAGGGCCAGUGCUGUUCCGACGAAUCACUGGACGCCACCAAGAUCGCAGGCAAGAUCGCAGGCAAGAUCGCAGGCAAGAUCGCAGGCAAGAUCGCAGGGAAGAUCGCAGGGAAGAUCGCAGGGAAGAUCGUGCUGUGCUCGUAUGGCUGGACCAGCACCAGCAGCAACCCACCCCCAUCCAUUCCCAAUAUUCCCCCCUGUUCCUCCCCGUUCUCCCACCCCUAUCAGGGCCAGUACUGCUCCGAAGACUCACUUAGCGCCACCAAGAUCGCAGGCAAGAUCGCAGGCAAGAUCGCAGCAAGAUCGCAGGCAAGAUCGUGCUGGCCAGUACUGUGCAGAAGGCUCGCUGAAUGCCGCCAAGAUCGCAGGCAAGAUCGUGCUGUGCUCGUAUGGAUGGACAGCACGGGCAGCAAGGCAGCAGAGGUUGCUAGCAAGGGCGGCAGGGCGGUGAUUGUGGUGGAUGUGCCAGUAGCGGCCAGACCAUACCCCAUCUAUGAGUCAAGAUUGCCAGUUAUGGGCGCGGAGGCGAGCGAGACGGGUGUUUUGCGCACGUACACCCGCACCGUUGCCAGGUGA